AUGGCAUCAGUCGCUGCUUGGUUGCCCUUUGCCCGCGCCGCCGCCAUCGGCUGGGUUCCCGUCGCACAACGAGCCUUCCCGAAAUCGCCCAUCAGCCAGGACUCGAAGAAGACCGACGAGAAACUACUGAUCAACGUCUCCGGCCGUCGCUUCGAGACGUGGCGGAACACGCUCGAGAAGUUCCCGGACACCCUUCUCGGCUCCAACGAGCGCGAAUUCUUCCAAGAUGAGGACACAAAGGAGAUCUUCUUCGACCGCGACCCGGACAUCUUUCGGCACGUGCUCACCUACUACCGCACGGGCAAGCUGCACUACCCGAGGCACGAGUGCGUGCAGGCGUACGACGAGGAGCUGUCCUUCUUCGGCAUCCUGCCGGACGUGAUGAGCGACUGCUGCUUCGAGGAGUACAAGGACAAGAAGCGCGACAACGCCGAGCGUCUGCUAGACGACGAGGACUCGCAGAGCGGCGACGCCAACUACCCGCAGGCGGACCUCCGGCAGAAGAUGUGGCGCGCCUUCGAGAACCCGCAGACGAGCACGGCGGCGCUUGUCUUCUACUACGUCACCGGUUUCUUCAUCGCCAUGUCGGUGCUGUGCAACGUCAUCGAUACAGUGCCGUGCGGCAUGGACGUACGCACCAAGCUGAAUCUCUCGUGCGGUGAACAGCACCACCUCAUAUUCUUCUGCGUCGACACGGCGUGUGUGAUGAUCUUCACGACGGAGUACUUCCUGCGACUGUUCGCGGCGCCCGACAGGUGUCGCUUCUCGCGCAGCGUCAUGAGCGUCAUCGACGUGGUCGCCAUCUUUCCGUACUACAUCGGACUCGGUAUUCCCGAUGACGACAACGACGUAUCCGGCGCCUUCGUGACGCUGCGUGUGUUCCGCGUGUUCCGAAUAUUUAAGUUCUCCAGACAUUCUCAGGGCCUGCGCAUACUCGGCUACACGCUGAAGAGCUGCGCCAGCGAGCUGGGCUUCCUGCUCUUCUCGCUGACGAUGGCCAUCAUCAUCUUCGCGACGGUGAUGUACUAUGCGGAGAAGAACGUCAUUGACACGACCUUCACCAGUAUUCCAGCCUCGUUUUGGUACACGAUCGUCACGAUGACGACGCUAGGGUGA